ACGUUUGGUUUUCUCGAUAUCGAUCGAUUCCAGGCAAAAAUUAUUAAAUACUGGACUAGUUAAAGUUAUUAAGUUUUCACGUUCAAAUUAUUAAUAGAUUCAUGCGAUUGAUGCAUUUUACCCGUACUAGGAUGGUGUAAAUAGUGGUUUUACUGUUCUGCGUUACGUUUUUUUUAACCGAAAUGAGCGGCUCUGCCCCCCAUACCCCAGAAAUGGACAGGGGAAAAGAAACCAGUAACAGCCAACUGAGUUCACCAAUAGUCCAAAGACCCGAGGGCGAAACAGCAGUCCAUUUCAGCAAUGAAAUUGACCGAACCGAAACGACUGCCAUGACAAGCGCAGGUCCCAGAGUACCAGCACCCCCUCCUGGUCCUGGUGUUGUCGAAAUCGAUAGGAUCAUGAACAUGUCGAUGCCCACCAGCUCUUCGAUCGAAGACAUUCCACCCCCAAAGGCGGAUUAUAAUGCUCCGCCACCUUACGAGGUGGCUGCCCAACCCACCAAAUUACCGACCUACGAGGAGGUGCAGCGAGAGAAGAAUUUGGAGGAGGCAGAACUGUUGGGGCUCUCCAUUGUUAAUGUCGUUGACGAUCCUACUGUGUUUCGAAGUCCUCCGAAUCAAAGGAUUUUACUGCCGAUCGAUAACGAGGCCCACGAGGAGGCGGACACCAGCCUCUUGGGCACCGAUUUUAUGUUUUAUAUCGCUUUUUUCGUUGCGUUUAUCUUCAAUUGGAUCGGGUUCUUGCUGCUGAUGUGCUUCUGUCACACUAUCGCCUCGCGAUACGGAGCUUUGUCCGGUUUCGGACUGUCGUUGGCCAAAUGGACUUUUAUCGUUCAACAUUCCACCGAGUUGGCUUCGAGGGACAACAGCUGGUUGUGGUGGCUCAUUAUGACUUUCGGGCUUAUAAUAUGCAUCCGAGCAAUCCUGCAGUAUUUGAACAUAAAACGUGGUUGGCACAUGCUCUCGGCCAGCCACCAAGAGAGACUCUUGUUCUUCUAUUAGAGGAGAUACGCCAAUGUUACGGGUGUAACUAUUAAAAUUAGAUGAAAACAACUCGUUGACCACAAUCCGACACUAGACGUGUAUCUCUGUAGAAAUUGUGAUCGUGUACAAUUGUCCGUUUUUAGUCUUUGGCAGAAGAAAUUUUUCUGUGUUUAUGUAAUAAUUUAGUCUUUAAAUGGUCAUGGCGUGGCGAUAGGUCGGUUUGUGUUUUAAAAAAAUCCCCUGCUAAACCGUAUAGAAACAAAAUAAUUAGAUUCCUUAGAAUUUACUCUAUUUUGGAGCACACUACUGAUAAAAAUCAUGGAUUUUUUUAAACCUUCCGGCUGUGCUACAAGGCGGAUUUCUUAAAAGGAAACUUGACAUGUAAAAAUUACUAUAAUUAAUAGAACUGUCGUAAUAAAGCACUUAAUUAUUAUUAUUUGAAACUUCGUAAUAAAUCGAGAAGGUUCGCGUUGGUAGUUAAGUUUAUUUGCAAAAAAAAAAUAGUUUUUUAAUGCUUAUUCCAACUCUUUAUAUAUAGUUUUUGUUAUUUUUUAUUAUAUUUAUAUUGUCACUAUAAUAAUAAAUAAAUGAUUCAAA